AUGGCAUUCUCAGUACGUGUCUUCGUGGAAAAGAGAGAAUUUGAAUUUAAUUUAGAAAAUCGCACUGACAGUGGAUUUGCGAUAAUAAAAGACAUAGAGCUUACUGAGAACUCUGUUAUCCAAGAUAAACAAGAAAUUCGGGUUACAUUUUCACCCCAUUUACAGGAUGGAAACAGUGAUGAUGAAGACUAUGCCAACGAAGAGACGAUAGUGAGUGACGAUGAUCUUAAAAUAUUUGGUAUUAGUAGAGAAGAGUGGAACGCAUUCCCCAAAAUUAUGAGGGACCGUGAAAUCAUAUGCUAUGAGAAACACAAACUCAUGCUUUCCAUGGGAUAUGUAAAAACGCAGUAUGUGAGCAUGAUCGCUCUAUCAAAACCUCCUGCCGUGGUAGUAUCUACUACAACGCGCAGUAAAAAAAGUUUGCCAUUCAAGCAAAGGCAAGAAAACAUCAGACCUGACAUUGUGACAACUCUUGAUGAGGAAGCAGAAGAUGAUGUGUUUGAAGCUAUUGAAGAAACUGAUUCGGAUUUGGCUGGUACAUCUUCAGGAGUUGUGUCUCUGAAACCUCCUCUUCUGAUUACCCGUCAGCCAGUUAAACAGAUGGGAAAGAGAAAACUCUUAGGCAAGAUAACAAAAAGGACUGCUCUUCCAAAUUUCUCAGCUGGGUUAGUUUUACUUCUUAAAAAGAAAAGGUUGAACAAGACUGAAAAAGUAGCUUUAGUAACAGAAGUGGAAGCACACCUUAUCAGUGUAACAGGAGACAGUUACUUGGACCCAGACGAAUGGACUAUUGUAAGUGAUAAAAUUGUGGAGAAGUAUCCCAAACAAUCAGAUGUGGAUAAUGAAAAGCAAUCAAAUGAACUCAAGCACUCACUGCAGACAAGCAUUGUUUCAAGAAGAUACCGUAGGCAAAAGAAGGGACGUAAAAACGGCCAGACAGUGGAAGGGGCAGAGACUGAUCAGUCAUCUAGCAGUAUUGAAAAUAAUGAGACUACUCUCAUUGAUGAACUGAAGUCUAAAAACCCCUUUGAGCGUGAUUCCUUUCUCCGACUAUCUUUCUUAAUAAAAAGUACUCUUACCCAACGAGCAGUGGAUCACAAUGUAGAAAACAUGGAGAAUGUAGUAACUGAGUUCCCUCACUACAAAAAUUUAAAUUUGGUUAUUUAUGAGCAUUCUUUGGUACAAGAAAUUACUUUAGAAGCAUUGAAAAAUAAUGCAGAAGGGCUACUUUUGAGGCUCAAACAGCACUUCUCUAUAACUGGAAAUAUGGUUGAUCAAGAAGUUGAAGCAAUAAUCCAGCUUCAGGAUCAGCUAAUCCCGCGAAAAUAUGUAGAAAAUCAGAAAAUUCUUCCUGCUAUAAGUGCUUGGGAUGAAAGUGAAAAAGAGAAGGACUUAACAUUAUUGGGAACAACUGCAACCAGACAUGCUCCUUGGGCUUCAAUAAUACUAGGAAAUAAUUCAGAUGGAGAUCGAACCAUUAAAAGAUAUAUCAUCCAAAUGCUCACCAAUGGCUUUAGGUCAGAAAUAACAAACCCUACUGUGCCAGAAGUUUUAAUUGGACUUUUAAGUUUUUACUUUAUUUUUGACAUUGGGUAUCCUGAUGCAUACGUUAGUUUGUUAAGAUUUCUCGAGAAAUAUGUACAUGGUAAACUGUCCUGGAGUUCUCGAAAACAAAGAGGUAAACAAGAGUACAAAGAUUUUGUUACAGUAUUUGAGCAAACGUAG